AUGGUGACUCGUUCCUGUCUCGAUGACAGUUCCGCACUUCUCCGAGCAGCUCAAUACACUGUAGACACAUAUGUGAAAAGUGGAAUGGUUGUAGGAUUGGGGUCUGGUCAUGCUUCUGGUAUGGCAAUCCAGCAUUUGGGUCGCCAGCUUCGUACCGGUAAUUUGAAGGACAUAGUAGGGAUUCCCAUAUUCAUUUUUGCCAUUGAUGAUGCUGAUGCUAUAGAAGAAGGGACACGUGUUGCUAUCAUUGGGCGGCGUCGUCACAAGCAGUGCCGCCUUCCUCACGAUUCCAAUUCAGAUGACGUAAAUGCUUUGAUCUCAUUAGUUUUUUUGAAGGACUUGCAAGUUGUCCACCAACAAGUACGAGAUUCUGGAUAUGGAGAUUUAUUGCCGAUGAAUCUUUAG